CCUCGCCACCUAGCUGAGUUAUUCCAUCUUCCUCUGACUGUCAAACAAUAAUUGGUGACCAUAGUUUUAUGGUAAUUGAGGUUGGGAGGCCCAGACAACAGAGGUUUAUCAUUAAAUACUGCUUCUCCAAGGUUGACACCCACUUAAGUCAGAUGAAGACAUCAAUCAUUCUCAUGAUGGCAGUAGCCGGUAUUUGGUGUCUGCCAGCGAACGUUGAGAAGUCCAACGGCAGCAACAGAAAACAAGCUACGGUUGUGGUGAAAGAUCGAUCCGACGUAGAAAUAAAGAUUGAAGAAACCGAGACUGGCAAAUACAAACUGGAAGCCUACAAAGGAACUGGCAGCGAAAGAUCCCAGAUCCCAGCCAAGGCUUGGAAGGUUCCAAACGAUUGGAGGGCCCCUGGGAGGAACACGUCGAAGGUCGUCCACGCUGAACUUUUAUCGAACGGGGACCUGGUCCUCGUUCUUUACAGCCGCCGGACGGGACUCGAGCUCAUCGUCUUGCCCCUGGAAAUUCUCGAGAUUCCUGAAGAAGUCGCCACUGUCUCCCCACGACCGAUCUUGUUCCCCGGACAGCCCAUCACUUUCCCCAACGCCACCGUCCCGUGGCACCCCACACUCCCCACCCCACCUGAGAAAUGGGAGUGGGUCCCUUCUGACGUCGAAGUCGUCACUCCCAGUGCCCAGGUGUAUCCAGUCCCCGAGAGGUCCUCUCUGCCUUCGUACUGAAUAACUUGCAGAAGGCCAUACUGAUCUGUUGGAGUUGUCAGCUCAUCGAAAAGAAUUGUUAAAUCUUGUCAUCGGAAGUUUCAUAGAAAUGUUUGUACAUCAUUAAUUCAAUUUUUUUUUCUUUAGAUACGCAUUGGACGCUUAAUCCCGAAUUUUAACAUAGAGGUUUAUCAGUACAUCUUACAUCUGCCGCUUCCUCCCUCACAAGUGAUCUAGAAAUUAGUCCAUGGUCACAAUGAAAUUAACUUAUGCCCUCAAAAGCAGACGUCUUGUGACGCAUAUGCAGAUUAUCUGUCGAGUUUGAAAUUUACUUUUCAGAAAUGUUACCGAUGAUUGCCCAGUUACCAUAUCUUAAUGGGUCAGGCAACCCAACAAUAACUACAAAAAUAAGAAUUAAUUCCCAAGUUACGUUAAAGAAACUUCUGUGAAUGGCUUGGAGUUUGCAACAUUCUGGGAAAACGGAAGAAAGCAGAAAAAAAUCCAAAAUUUGGCAGUGAUGAAAAAUUGAUAAAUCAUGCUAUAAGCAACUGUAUGAAUUUUUCUAAUUAAAAAAUAUUAUUCCAAGUCCAAACUCAAAAUAUCAGAAAGGAAUAAAUGAAAGUAACACCCAUCUGUGAGGAUUCUCUAAGGCCUCUGAAUUCCAGGUAAAGAAAUAAGGAUAAAUAAUAACAACGAAUAAUUCCUGCAUCAUUUAUUUUUUCACAUUGACACAAUUUUACAUAGCGUUGUUAUGCAGUUCUAUUCAUUUUAUUAUUAUUUAAUAUGGUAUUUAUAAAAAAGUAUUUAACCAAAUAAAUUUUUUUUAUUUCAUCGAGAUAUGUUGUUGGAUAUGAUUAAUACCUUUAGUGGUUCAUUUUUAUUUGGUGCAUAUACAUACGUGCAUACAUACAUAUACACAUUUAUAUACGUAUAUAUAUAUAUAUUA